GAAGACACUUCUUUUCUGCUUACAUCGCUAGGGUUCUUCAAGCCUCAACAGCAGCUUAGCUUCUACAGCUCUCUUCCACCCACCCGAAGCCAUGUCAAGGAGAAAGACCAGAGAGCCCAAGGAGGAGAAUGUGACCCUUGGACCUGCCAUUAGGGAAGGGGAAUUGGUGUUUGGUGUUGCCCACAUUUUUGCAUCAUUCAAUGACACAUUCAUUCAUGUUACUGAUUUGUCUGGCCGGGAAACACUGGUUCGCAUCACUGGUGGAAUGAAGGUCAAGGCUGACAGAGAUGAAUCUUCUCCGUAUGCAGCUAUGCUUGCAGCACAAGAUGUGUCUCAACGAUGCAAGGAGCUCGGGAUUACAGCUCUUCACAUUAAGCUUCGGGCUACAGGUGGAAACAAGACCAAGACUCCCGGUCCAGGUGCUCAGUCUGCUCUCAGAGCCCUUGCUCGGUCAGGCAUGAAGAUUGGCCGUAUAGAGGAUGUUACUCCAAUUCCCACCGAUAGCACCCGUAGAAAGGGCGGAAGAAGGGGAAGGAGGCUGUGAUUCCUUGGUUAUACUUGUGUUCGUACUCACCACCAUGUUUGGAACCAUCAAGUCCAGGCGUUUUUGUUUUGCUUUUGCUCUAUAUUUCGAGUGUUUAAACAUUUUGUAGCCAAGAAGCGCUUAUGGUUGUCUGUUUUACCAACUUUUGGUAGUAGUAUGUCAUAUUACAACUAAUUUUUACUGUCUUUGUUUAAUGUCAUAUUUUGGUUUAUUAGACUAA